AUGAGUGAUUUCAUUCGUUAUCAUACAGGUGUACAUAGAUAUCUAACAUUUUUCUGUAUAAUAUUGGUGGUGUCAAUUGUUUUGUAUUUGGUACCACAUUCUUCACCGUGUGGCUGUACUAUAUGCAAACCAAUUAUUUUAUCAUCGUCAAAUCACAGACCAAAACCCGAUGAGGUUCAAAUGGCCAAGACUGAAAAACAACUUGUUUACAGAUCAUUUAAGCCCAAAUAUUGCUCAAUGAAAAAGUCUAAACCACACUGUGUUGGUCCAAAUUCUAUCUAUCAUCUUGGUGUUAAUCAAUCUAUCGAUAUAGUAACGGCCUGUUUUCCCACUGAGGUUACCUUAACUGACAUUCCUUUGCAGGACAAAAAUUUUCCACCUGCUAAUAAAGUGUUACCUAUUGAAACGGAGACAAUGAACGAUGCAGAUUUUUUCGAUAUGUCUCAAACCACAAGUGUAGAGGAUACUAAGUUCCAUUUUGAAAAUCCCAACAAGUCUCUCAAUGUUGGUGAUGUUGUAAAAGUACGAAUGGAUUUGAUUGAUAAAGCAGGAAGACCACGGACAGUAGGUGGUGAUGACGUCAGAGUGUUGAUUCAGUCACAAAAUUUGGAAUAUAAAGCUUGUGCUGACGUUGUUGAUUUAAAAAAUGGAAGCUACUUGGUAACAUUCAUUAUGUUAUGGGAAGGAAAUAGCUCUAUAUCUAUAAGUGUACCUUAUACAAGGGAGAUAAUAGCUACCAUGUUGAAAUGGCGACGCCAAUAUAAAACUGUGUUUUAUUAUUAUGGAUACUUCAAAUUGGGCAAUUUACAAGAAUACACCGUUUGUUCUCCAUUUUCUACUAUUCCUGGAUAUACGAGACUGUGUGACCUGGCGUUAGUGAAUGAUGGAUUACCAUGGUUUUGUGGACAGCCAUUGAACACUGCUCUGAAUUGUGAUAAUUUAGUUUCCAUUCAUGACUUAGAUUUUUCUGAAAUACCAGUGAAUAAUGCUUUGUAUUCUACUUUUGCUAGGAAAAAUAUGAAUAUGAAGAUAACUUCAAAAAUUCAAUUGCACGCCGUCAGAGCUAGAAACUCAAUUAAGAAAAAGAACUGCAAUCAAAUGCAACCUAAAGAAACAUGGGACACAAAAAUGCCAUCAGGAUUCGCCCUUAAAGGCCAAUGGAUAAAUUUUAAGUGUAAUAAUUUCGUCAACCUUAAAACAGCUCCGUUGUGUUUAAGAAAUACUACUUUAGUUUUAUAUGGGGACUCCACCACACGUCAGUGGUACUCGUAUAUUGUGACACAGCUUACAAAGUGCAAAUUAGUGACUCAAAAAUGGUCUGGAAGAAAAUGGUAUGAUAACUCGGAAUGUGUUGAUACAAAAUUGGAUUUUACUAUAAAAUGGCUACCGCAAAUACUGCCGUUUUCAAAAGGGUCAAGAGUUCCGGGAGGCAAAUUGAACCUGAGAUCGGUCAGUACACAUCUUGAUCAAUUACCGGCUAAUGGUAGGAUUAUCUUUGUGUUUCAUUUGUAUGCCCAUAUCACGAGACAGCAUUAUUCACUAUAUUGGGACCACGUCAUCUCGUUAAAAUCUUCAGUUAGAAAUGCUCUCAAGAGAAAUAAGGAAUUGACAAUAGCUAUCAAGUCUCCCUAUGUGUUUUAUUCAUCGGACUGUAUGUCCACAUUAAAUGAUUAUCAUGGAAAGUUAUUUAUAGAAAUUCUCCACAAGGAAUUUGCCGAAUUCAAGGACUCUGUGAUAUUUUUAAAUUAUUGGGAGAUGACUCAAGCUGUGGAAAAUUAUGGCAUUCACCCACCACAAUCUACAGUAUGGGAACAUAUUCGUCAUUUGCUUGGGUUGGUUUGCAAAUAA